UAAGAUCAAUACCUUACGUGAGAUCCAAAGGGACCAAGAUCAUAAAAUUAUGCAGUUGGAAGAUACUGUGAAUUUGUUAGAGGAUCAAGAACUUAAGUUCGUAGACUUUGAAAAUAGUUUGGAUGUGUUGUGGGAACAGGUCAAUUGGGUAAAAAGGAAUGUGUCAGAAUCUUCAUCUGCCACACAACAAAAAACAGCUAGAAAAGCUCUUGUGAGUAAUGAGAUGUAUCAAGUUUUUGAAAAUAACCAUAAAAGAAAAAAGGCACUUCGU